AUGAACAAACAAUUAGUAGCCCUAAUAGCCAUCUGCAUUAUUGGUUUGAAUAGUGAUGUUUUCUGUUGGUCAAUUUUCAACAUUCAAGAUUUCCAUGAUCAACAAGACAAAGGUAAAACCUUGUUAGUAAAAUAUCAAGCUAAAUCAGAUUGGUCGAACUGUUGGAAGGUUGCUGUUGAUUCCAUGACUCGUUCAUGCAAAGAAAUUAAAACAAGAGAAGAGAUUAGAAGUAAACUUGCAAUUCAAUUAACCAACUGCCAUUUAGCAAAAUCUGGACUGAAAACCUUUGAGUGUACUGAAAUGAUGACUGUAGAAGAGUGUACAAAAGACAUGAUAUCAUCUCCAAUAGCUUUUAAUGCUUACACUGAAUUCAGCACUCAUGUGGAUCAAAUUUGUUUCUACAUCAAAUCAGAGUCCUUUCAAGAAGAAUCAGAGAGACUAGUGGAGCAAUUGGUAAAUGAAACAGAGAACUCCCUCCGUGAAAUUGAAAAUCUAAAGGAGCAAUCGAUGAAUAUUAAGGAAACUCUCUCCUUUUCAGAAGAAAUUCAAACCCGAAUUUUGCAAGAGCAGAACAAGUUUGACAAGGCACUUUCGCUAAUGAAAAAAUUAGAGCUGGAGUUUUAUGAGAGCUUGAAAAAAGAAUUUUCUCAUAUUCAUUCAAUGUCGAAAUCCUUAUAUGAAGAAUCCAAACUCAUUUCAGAUGAACAAUCAAUGAUGAGACAAGAAGUUUUAAAUGGUUUCAAUCAUAUUGACAAAUCCAAUCAGCAAUUAGUGACAUCUUUAGAACAAUCUAUCUCCCAUUCAACAAAAAUAAGGAAAGACCAAGAACAUACUCUCAACAUUUUAAAUUCAUUCCAAGAAAAACAAAGUAUUAUUAGUGACAACACUGUUAGAUCUAUGAAAAAUCAAAAAAAGCUAUUGAAAGGACAACAAUUGUUACAAAAUCUUCAGAAUAGUAUAGCUCAAAUAACGUCUAGUAAGCUGGGCAUUAUUGAAAAAUAUACAACCGAGAUAGGAUCCAACAUUGAAAUUUCAAUGAAAAACCAAGAAAUUUUAAUGGAGAAACAAAAAGAAUAUGAGAUAUUUAUUGAUAAGUUGAAAAGUGAACAGGUCAAUCUAUUCAAAACUGCACAAAAAACAUUGGUUGAAAUUUUGAGUAACUCACAAGAGACCGUUCAAAAUAUUAAUGCGCAACAUGAACAUGUAAGGGAAAUUCUGGAUGGGAUUAUUGGAAUAUCACAUAAUUACACAACUUUGAUUGGAGAGUUUAUGGACUUUAAAUCGUUUCUCUUUUACUUCUUUUCAGUAAUUAUGUCAUUCUUAUUGACAAGCACAAAAUGCACUAGCAAGGCGAGAGUUUACCUCCUUUUGUUAAUUACUGUGAAUUAUAUCAUAGAAAAAGUAUUACACUCACUAAUCUGGAAUGAGAAUAUUUACAGGAAUAUUAGAAAUCAAUUACGUUUUGCUUCAAUUGUUAUUGGUGCUGUUUUACUUUUGAGGUCUAUUUUCUUUUUUAGAGACUAUUCACACAUGUCCUAUCAAGCGGUACAAGAUUUAAGAGUUGAUCUGGUAAAGCAAAAGAAAGCAUACUACAUGAUCAAAAAAGGAUCUACAUUCAAGUGUUCGAAAAAUACAUAUCCAAUCAACUCAGCUCUAGCAGCUCCAAUAUCAACAAAUUAUUAA